UGAGGCAGCUCCUGUCCCUUAUGUCUCUUUGUGGGGAACAGAACAGACUUCCCAGAGCAUCACUGGAGAGAAGACUGAGCUCUGGGGAGGAAACACCAGGUGCAGACCAUGUUCUCCAAUGCGAGCCUGACCUCAACUUCAGCGGAUGCCAAGAUGAGCACAAGGAGAGGAGACGCAAACCCACUCAAGCUGGAGUAAAACAUCUCGGAGGUGGACCUUAACAGCUGGACAAUCCAAGAGGUCAAUUUUGAGUUUGAGGCUACAUGAUCGGCAGAUCAAAAUCAGCAACGCGGGACUGGAUCGCUGAGACAAAGGUGGAGUCUUGAUUUGAGCUUUUAGUUUUCUCUGUCCAAAAGUUUUGUUAAAGAAAAAUCAACAAAGUACUCCAUUUCUUUUGCAGCUAUUCGGAAAGGAAAUAGCACCAUAAGAAAUGCAUACAAGCGAAGGAAAGAGGAUAAUUUAGCUUAGAAUUUUUUUGAUAUUUCUACGCGUCUCCAGAGCACUUUCCAAACAGUCAUUUGUGGUAUGAAAUUGCGAUACUCUUUAAAGAACAUCUUGAAUGGUCCCGACAGUGCUCUUAAUUCUCCGGCCAAGCGUUUAUCUUAUUUCUCCAGCUCCUUCUGAGAGAGAGCAUUAAAGACUUCAUUGAGAGUGCUCUUAGGGAGCGGGUAAUAUUUCUUAUGUGAAGUCUUGAAACUUUACAGCUGUUGACUUGGAGGGGAGAGAAAAGUGCCACAUGCAUAAGAAAAUGAUGGUGAGCUGUUUCCCAGUGCAUGUCUAGACAAACGCUGCAGUACAGCGUAGAGGACAGCGGAAAUGUUCACCGGGUGUGGAGUGGUCACUGGCCAGAACCAGUACCUGACCAGAGACGUCGCCGGGCCACACCCAGGACUCGAGAUGAACAGACCGAUCCAAAUGGGGAACGGAGUAACCCCAGGGAGCUGCAACGUCUACCAGGGUCAAACGUACAGCAGUUCUGGCCAGCCAGCAGUGAAUGUCAAUGGUUCCAGCCCGCUGAAGCCAGCACCACUGCCCGUCCCGCCCCCAGCACUGAAACUUGGGCAGGAAGGGUUUAAGAAAGUCUGCCGAACUGAGGAGGACGGUCCGUGUCCCUUUCCAGGACUGGCUUCUGGGGUGCUGGAGAUGCGCGUGAAGGAGGGAAGUAAGAUUCGAAACUUAAUGGGAUUCGCCAUGGCACGUAUGCAGGGAGAGAAGUGUGUAAGUGGGGGAGGGGUGAGCGUUGGUGGACUGAGGCAGGUGGUCUUCACUGGCUCGGGUCGUGCGGUCACAAAGACCAUCACCUGUGCCGAGAUCAUGAAACGAAAAGUGGGCUCUCUGCACCAGCUGACGAAGCUUCGGUACAAGGUGGUCAAAGAGGUGUGGGAGAGCACUGAAGGGGGGACGUCUGAGAUGACGGUGCACAGGACCGUGCCCUCCAUCAGCAUCCUUCUUUCCAAAGACCCCCUGGAUCCCCAGGAACCAGGCUAUCAACCUCCGGAGACUCUCACCGCAUUGUGGGAAGAGAAAGAGGGCGUCGAAUCUGCUCCGCAGACAGCAUGCAAGAGACCCUGUGGACCUUUGCCAUACAGCACUUUUACCCACUGUAAGAGAGUGUGUUUGGGGGAAGGGGUCUCAGUCCUCCCCUCUCACUGACUGGCUGAACCGGUGUCAAACAGUGGAGGGGAUUGAAUCAGAGGAGUUCAUUUGGAGCUGCCCUCCACUCAAGCACAAUGCUGAGACAAUCAGAACAGUCACUCAGACAGAACAGUGCUUUUUCAAAAGAACUGAGUACCAAUUCCAGCCUCCAGAGGUCAGUUUGACCGGGACAUAGAAGCUCGCCUCUGUGCAUACAGCAUUUAAGGGACGUCUCUCUCGGCACGUCCGACACUCUCUCAGAGCCACUAAACGGCGAUGAUGAGUGCUAUCAUGCUAUAAAAUCUUUAACACAUCCCAUUUCACACCGACACAAGAACGAGCCAUGAAUUGCACAGGUUCCAGAUUCAAGGUUUCGAGUAAAUUAUCUACAGCCUGUGGACAAAAUACUUUAGCAUCAUGUUACAAUCAUCUGUAUUCCUCCAUGCUCUUAAGUGUAGUCUUUGAAAACGCACACUAGGCCCAAGAACAUAAAGCAAAAGCAGCUUUGCUCAGAUUUCACAAAUGCAAAACAUACCAUUUUUGCUUGUCUGAUAAUUAACUCUCAUGAAAUCAAAAUUGAAUAAAUGCAUUUUUUUUCCCGAUGGAAAUUUUGUUUUGUAUUUCCUCUGUCUUACUCGCACACAAUAUUGAAUUUGAAAAGCUCUGAUUGAACAGAAAAUCACAGUGCGCUGAUCCCUUGAUAAGGGCAACGGCAGUGAAAUUUGUCUGUGGAAAAAGCAGAUUUAAUGACAAAGCUGGUGAUAAGGCACAGCUCCUAAACCAACCCUGCCUGACAGAAAUGCCUGGAGCAGAAAUACAAGCACAGAUUAUCAUUAAGAUAACAACAUAACAUCACACAACACAGUGGAGAAAAGGAUUAAAACCAGGGUUGACAGAGCUUCACACUGCACUGUUCCUGCAAAAUAUGAAAUCCAGGCAAACACGUAACACUCCUGCCGCCUUCCAGCCUAUAGGCCUACCCACCCACCCACCAUAUGUGUUGUAUAGUACAAUCUACCCCUUCAAAAAAGAUACUUCUAGCAUUUUCUCAAGCAAAAUAAUAUGCUGAACAAAGUCAUCCAAAAAGAGCCAAGUUUUCACAGCAACACCAUACACGUAUACUUGACUGACAUUAUAAAUUAAAUGGCUGCAGAGCAGACAUUCUCCUGCUGACAUUUCUUUAUGCAUUGCCUCCCUGCAUUUUUACUCCAUUUAGAUACCAUUUUAGUUGUGGAAGAAAAAGGUACCUCUGAGUAAUUGCUGAAGCUUAACUGGAUGCUGCAGACAUGUAUGGCAAUUGGAUCAAAAUCAAACUGCGAGCAGAAUGCACAGAGGUAGAGAAGGAAAAAAAAAAAAAAAAAAGGAAAAAAACAGCUAGGAGCGUACAUAUUGAAAUUUAUGCUUUAAAGAUUUUAACCUACGUUUCUUGAAAAUUUGCCCUAAACAAGACGAACAAAAUAAACCUUCCUGAGAAGAAAUUCAUCCAGAUACCUAAGAACUUUUCCCACUUAAUCAACCAUGUCUUCUGGGGAUAAUAACUUAGACAAGUGGAACCUUGUCUGAAGCUUUUGGUGUUGAUCUUAAUGAAAAUCUGCGAAUGCAGAUAUCUGCCUCCAAAAGUAAAUUAA